AUAUAUGCUUUGCAGUCAUGUAAGCUUUGUGUCUUUGCUGAAACUGCAUGGGCUGGAGCUGCAUGCUAUUUGCUAUUAUAUAUGCUUUGCAGUCAUAUAAGCUUUGUGUCUUUAUUUCACUAGUUAAACUUGUCAAUUAUUCUCCUCCCUGUUGCUUUUGAUGCUGUCUGAACCCUGUCCUUCGGCAAAGAAGCUUACUUGUAGAAUCAUGUUUUGAUAUCUGUUUUUGUUGGAUGGAUGAUUCAGAUAGUAGGGGCAUUCUGGUACCUGGUAGCUGUAGAGCGAAAUGAUAGUGCUGGCACAACGCUUGUAAGGAUAUUGGUAGUGAUUGCAACUACUGUGGGAAUCAGCAGAUGAAAGGCUACGACAUAUGGAAGGGCAUGCGAGAUUCUGUUCUUAAUGAAAAGUGCCCAGUUAAUGAAAAUUAUAAUAAUCCUCCAUUUGAUUUUGCAGUCUUCACACAAACUUUAUCAUCUGGUAUUGUUUCAUCAACUAAACUCUUUCCCAAAUACUUGUACUGUUUGUGGUGGGGCUCUACAGAAUUUGAGGUGGCGAGUCAAUUCAGGCGUUUUCACAGUAGACAGGUGCAACAUACAUUCUGUUUUCAUUCACAGCAGUGGAGGACCUGGGCAGUUCGCUUUAUCCAAGCUGCUUGGCGGCGUUAUUCCAAGAGAAAGAUUAUGGAACUGUGUAGGAAGAAAGAAGAGGAAGCAGAAGGGUCAGAUGGAUACCGUAGUAACAGUGGUGGAGGUUCAUACAGCCUUGGUGGCUGUUUCUUCGCUUCUAAGUUUGCAGCAAAUGCGCUUUGUGGUAUUCAUCGAAACCAGAAUGCUAAGAGUGCGAAGGAGCUGGUGAAGCUACAGAAGCCUCCCGAGUCUGGCUUCUCUGCUGAAGUUGCAGAUAGAUACUGACUUCUCUGCUGAAGAUGCAGAUUGAUACGUUACCGCUAAUUUUGAGAGUUAAAAUACUGUUUUGUACUCUGCUUGGAAGAUUAAAAACAACGUAUAAUACAAACACACUCCAGUUUGGAAUUGCAAUUGGAAAGCUUGAUGGAAGAAAUGGCAAGACUGUAAAAGCUUGCUUGCUGCAUUACGACAAUGAAUUCCCAUAUUUAUUGCCCAUUUCCUAAGCCAGUUAUAGUAUAGAAUAUUCAGGCCCAUAAUUUAGUUCCAAUUGUCCCUACAUGUUGCAGUGUGAUGGUGACCUGUACCAGAAGGAAUUUUUUCUAA